AUGUCCAAUCCCACUCCCAAUCCCAUUCCCACUCCCAAUGCCAGGCUGGAGGCGGAGCUGGCCAUCCGCGUGUCCGUGGACGGCGACAUCGCGGGGCUGCGCAAGGUCCUGGACGACACGAACCUGACGCGGCUGCAGCUGGAGGGGGAGAUCGAGGCCCUGCGGGAGGAGCUGAUCCUCAUGCGCAAGGAGCACGACCAGGAGGUGCAGGGGCUGCGGGCGCAGGUGGAGGGUUCGGCGCUCACGGUCGAGGUGGACGCGCCGAGGGCGCAGGACCUGGGCAAGGUCCUGGGGGAGCUGCGGGCCCAGUAUGAUGCCCUGGCCCAGAAAAACCUGGAGGAGCUGGAGAAGCAGUGGGGGCAGCAG